ACAACAACAACAAAAUAGAACGGAACGAGGGAAAACAACCCAUCACAAUUAUGUAUAGAUACGAUUGAAAUUGAAGUCAACAAAAGCCGUUGUAGGAUUCCGGGCCAAGUGCAAAGUUGUGGCCAGGCGCUGCAAACUACGCACAAUUUUGGUGUUGGCGGCGGCGGCGACGGYGGCGACCGCAACAGAUCAAAAUUAGCCACGCCUUUUAGAGCAAUUUGGGGAGCAACGCCUCCCAGCUAUGGCCGGCGACAUGUCCAUUGGCUGUGCCGCUCUCAAACGAUCCACAAAACUAAAAAGCUGCACCAGCGGCACCGACACUGACUCCAUGCAGCUGCCAAACGAGCGCAAAGAAAAUGGCCAUAAUAGUGGCCUAUUAAUCAAACCACCCAGUGCACCACAGAAUAUGCGUGGCGGCUUGCGGGUCUACAAGAUCGUCAUACUGGGCGAUGGCGGUGUCGGCAAGUCUGCUGUUACCCUGCAGUUCGUCAGUCACAGCUUUUUGGACUACCAUGACCCCACAAUUGAGGAUUCGUAUCAGCAACAGGCGGUAAUUGACAAUGAGGCCGCUCUGCUGGACAUACUCGACACUGCUGGCCAGGUCGAGUUUACGGCCAUGCGGGACCAAUAUAUGCGCUGCGGCGAAGGUUUCAUCAUUUGCUAUUCGGUUACCGAUCGCCACAGCUUUCAGGAGGCAUCCGAAUAUCGCAAAUUGAUAACACGCGUCCGUCUAUCGGAGGACAUACCGCUGGUGUUGAUAGCCAAUAAAGUGGAUUUGGAAUCUCAGCGACGUGUCACCACCGAGGAGGGCAAAAACUUAGCCAAUCAAUUCGGCUGCCCGUUCUUUGAGACAUCCGCUGCACUGAGGCACUACAUCGAUGAGGCAUUCUAUACGCUGGUGCGUGAAAUCCGCCGCAAAGAGAUGCAAAAGGCACUGGGCACGGAUACUAGCUCGGAGAAGAUACACACGCGACAUCGCAGUCGCUGGUGGCGCAUCAGAUCCAUAUUCGCACUGGUCUUUCGGCGCAGGCGAAAUUUAAACUAGAAAAA